UCCGCUUGCUAAAGUUGUCCGACUCCAUGUUAGCAGCAACACGGAGAGUAGUGUGCUCGUUACAGCAAGCCAAAGAUUUGUUGGAAAGUGGAGAUUUAACGGGAACAUAAAGCAUGUCAGGUGAUUUAAUUCAGAGGAUAAAGCUCUUGGAAGAUGAACUGGAAAAGCUCAGGUCCCAGCUGAAGGAAAAUACUGGAGAAGACGUGGGGAUGCAUUCCUGUUCAUCCCCCAGUGAAAGCUCGGACUUCGUGAUGUCUGAUGGGAACACCGGGAGCAGCAAGAAGAAGUCAGCCAAGAAGCGCCCCUUUGACUUCAGCUCACACCCCCGGCGCCAUGUGGCUCUGAAGCUGGCUUACCUGGGCUGGGCCUACCAGGGCUUCGCUGUUCAGGAGAACACGGACAACACGGUGGAGGCCAGGCUGUUUGAAGCGCUGCUGAAGACACGACUGAUUCAGGACCGACAGAGCUCCAACUAUCACCGCUGUGGCCGAACUGAUAAAGGAGUCAGUGCUUUUUCUCAAGUUAUAACCAUUGACCUGCGCUCCUCCCAGUUUUGUGGAGGACUUGGCGUAACCCUCCCUGAAAAUCUCAAUCUCGGCACCAAAUCAAAAGCUUCCACCUCUGAGCUUCCAUACGUGAAGAUGCUGAAUAGAGUUUUGCCGCAGGACAUUCGGAUCUUGGACUGGGCAGCCGCAGAGCAAGGUUUCAGUGCGCGUUUCGACUGCCAGUCCCGCACGUACCGCUACUACUUCCCCCGAGGGUCGUUGGAUGUAGAGCUGAUGGGAAAUGCUGCAAAACGAUACGAAGGAACGCAUGACUUUCGCAACCUGUGCAAAAUGGACGUGGGGAACGGGGUCCUGCAGUUUGAGAGGACCAUCUUGUCUGCCUCAGUCAGGCCUUUGCAGCCCCAGCAGGUUUCCAGCACAGAGCAAUAUGAUCUGUUUGUGUUUGAGAUCAAAGGUUUAGCCUUCCUUUACCACCAGGUACGUUGCAUGAUGGCGGUGCUUCUUUUGAUAGGACAGAAGCUGGAAGCUCUGGAGAUAAUCAAUCAACUGCUGGAUGUAGAGAAAAACCCCAGAAAGCCUCAAUACAGGUUUGUUCUUCUGGCUUGCAGCAUGGCAGUGGACUACCCUCUGGUUCUGUACGACUGCCACUUCGAUGGUUUAACCUGGCAGCAGGAGGCGGAGGAGGUUAGCCACGUCCUGUCGUCACUACAGCGACACUGGACGCAGAGCGCUGUCAAAGCCCAGGUUCUGCUCGGGAUGAUCCGGGGUUUGGAGGAGAGAGGUGGUGUUUCUUCCAACCACUGCUGGUUGGUGGAAGGCAGCAGGCAGAAAAAUUACCGACCGCUGCUGGAGCGUCCAUGCUGCGAGAGCCUGGAGUCCCGAAUAAACCACUUUGUUAAGAGAGGAAGACUGGAGCGAGAGGAAGGAGAGAACGGAGAUGAAACGAUCCACAGAGGGAAAAAGUCCAAACACUCCUGCGAUGCCUCUUCUCCGUCUGGUUCCUCUGAGAUUCCAAAACAAACCGUGGAGCAGAAACAAGAGGAUUAACUUUCUAUUUUCCAGGACACUGACUGACUUGCAGGAUUUAAUUUUGUUAAUUUAAAAAAAUUUUGUUUUCUUUUCAGGAAACGGGUUUCAUUUUUCUUACUGUUGUUUUUAUUUGUGUAAGCAGAGGCUUGGCUUCACAUUAAACAUACCAUUGAGGUAAUUCUUGUUUUCAGUUUUUCUCUUUUAGGGAAGAUCAUUUAAAAAUGAUUUAAAGUAAUCCUCAAAGAAAUUAAACUUGCACUGCAAAAU